UGAAGACCAACCAAACACUCUCAACAACAUCACCACCCAAAUGCUCCCUUCUCCCCAAAACAUCCCCACACAAAUCCCACAAUCCCCAUCCUAUCCCUCUCUAAACAAACCAACGGUCACGAUCAGUCCACGACCCUCCAUCUCACUGUUCCACCCGUUUCCAUCUUUCUUUCGUCUAGCUCCACUCUCUCCUCCAGUCCCAUCUCUCUCCUCAUUACCCGCCUUAAUUGGCUUGCCCAGUAACCAGUUGGCUCAUUAUUACACUACGUUACAUAUCUGAUGCCUGCUGUACGAUACGCCGGAGAGCACCGAUUCUUUUCCCUUUCUCCAGUCGGUUCACAAAGAUCUUGUCUUUUUCUCUCUCGGCCUCUCGAACGCCGAAACGCGUCGUUGAAUCGUUCCGCGUUUUCUCGUUUCUUGAUUCGUUCUUCGGUUUCCGAAGAAAAUGUCGUUUCUUGAAAUGUAGAGGCAUUUUUUUACGAAAUCUGUAGUGAACUAGCAAUGCGAUUUUGAAGCUUCGAGAAAUUUCGUGUGUUGUAUUUUUGGAAGACGAAGACUCUGAAAUGCAGCGCCUUUGAUCUGUUUCAACUGGUUUCUCCUUCUCUUUGAUUUCGAGGGCUUCUGUUUUUAGGGUUAGGGUAGCAAAAGCUGUGCUGGUUUAGAAAUCGAUGUUGUUACAAACAUGCCGAGCAUUAGAGCUCCGGCUACAAAGCAAACUACAACACUCACGGUUGCUGUGAAAUGCAGGCCGUUUAGGGAGAGAGAACGUGGCCGCGACAUUGUUCGAGUAAUUGACAAUAAGGAGGUGCUUGUGUUGGAUCCUGAUCUGUCAAAGGACUACCUCGAGCGCAUACAGAAUCGAACAAAGGAAAAGAAAUAUUGUUUUGAUCAUGCAUUUGAUCCUGGCUGUACUAAUUUGGAUGUCUACACAAAAUGCAUAUUGUCUGUCAUCUCUGGUGUCGUUAAUGGUCUCAAUGCUACCGUGUUUGCUUAUGGUUCUACCGGAAGUGGUAAAACAUAUACAAUGGUCGGGACACAAGAUGAUCCAGGACUCAUGGUACUCAGUUUGCAUACAAUCUUUGAUCUAAUCAAAAGGGACAAGAGCUCUGAUGAAUUUGAAGUUACCUGUUCCUAUCUUGAAGUCUACAAUGAGGUCAUCUACGAUUUGCUUGAAAAGUCAUCAGGCCAUUUGGAACUCAGAGAGGACCCCGAGCAAGGAGUAAUUGUUGCUGGGCUGAGGUGUAUCAAGGUACAAUCAGCUGAUAAGAUUCUUGAACUCUUAAACUUGGGGAAUAGCCGACGGAAAACUGAAAGCACAGAGGCUAAUGCAACAUCUUCUCGGUCACAUGCAGUGCUGGAAAUAAAAGUAAAAAGAAAACAGAAAAAUAAGUACCGGAAUCAAGUAAUGCGAGGAAAACUUGCACUUGUGGAUCUAGCUGGCAGUGAACGAGCUUCAGAAACAAACAGUGGAGGCCAAAAAUUAAGGGAUGGAGCAAAUAUUAACCGUUCACUUCUCGCCUUGGCAAACUGCAUAAAUGCACUAGGGAAACAGCAAAAGAAGGGUCUUGCUUAUGUUCCUUACCGCAAUAGCAAAUUGACACGAAUACUCAAAGACGGUUUGAGUGGUAAUUCUCAAACGGUUAUGGUUGCUACUGUAUCCCCUGUGGACAGUCAGUAUCAUCACACUGUGAAUACCUUGAAAUAUGCUGAUCGGGCAAAGGAAAUAAAGACACACAUCCAGAAAAACAUCGGCACUAUUGAUACACAUGUAUCAGACUACCAACAAAUGAUUGACAGUCUUCAGAUUGAGGUUUGCCGAUUGAAAAAAGAACUGGCUGAAAAGGAAUCACAGCUAAGUGUCAAACCUGUUGAAAAAGCUGCAGAUGAUGAACUUUCAUGGUUGAAUAUUUUGAGCCAUGAAACCAGUGAAAAUGUUCAGGAAAGGAUAAACCUACAGAAGGCAUCAUUUGAGCUUGAGGAAACCAACCUUCGUAACCGCCUUGAACUCCAACAUCUUGAUGAUGCUAUAGCAAAAGAACAGGCUAUUGGAAAAGAUGGGGAAGUUUUAGAGGUUAUGAGAACAAGGCGGCAAGUAAUUUUGGAUAACAUCCGUGAGAAUGAUGAAGCUGGUGUCAAUUACCAUAUGGAAAUUGAAGCAAAUGAGAAGCAUCGAUGUCAACUCCAAAAUAUGAUUGAGGAGGCCAUUAGUAACAAUGGCAAUAAGACGUACUUGCGUAUUCUUAGUCAAUACAGGCUCUUGGGAAUGGCCAAUACUGAGCUUCAGUUUGAAAUGGCAAUGAGGGAUCAAGUGAUUAACAACCAACGAGAAGCACUGAGAAACAUGUGGGACUUGCUUAUGGGGUUAGGACUUGAUGAGAGACAGAUCAUGGACCUUGCAUCUAAGAAGGGAAUAACUAUAGAAGACUGGACGACAACACCCCAUCUUGGCCUUUCUUCAAGGGAGCAGUCACCUGAUUUGGCCUCCAGCAAAUAUUCUUCUUUUGGCCAUUGUCGUUGCAUGGGUCAGUCGUAUUCUAGAUCGUCUUGCACCUUUCAGCAGUCUCAAGACUUUGGUUCGAUGUCAUUGCCCCAGGGGCAUUUGGAUUUGGCUCAUUCCUUUUCCAGGGAGGAGCACCAUAGCUCCUACUACUUAUUGUCUCAUGACCAUUCCCCUUCAGCCUGUAUGAGUAUGAGGACAAGUAGUGAGCACUGGUUUGGUGGCAGGUCAAGUUCACGGUUUGGCACUCUUGAUAAGCAUUCUCAAGAUUUGCAAAAAUCAUAUCCAGUGAGGGGGAACUCAAGCUUCACCAGAUAGUCAAAUCUGUAUACCAGCUUCAUCUGUCAGUGUGGAUUUUGACAAGCAGAGAAGGAUGAAUGGAGUAGUAGUCCUUUGGAGGCAACAUCUGUACAGCGGUCCUCCUGAUGGUAUGAGUAGCAGCCAAGUAGAUUUAUAGGCCACAGCGGUAUAGCUCAAGGUUUGGAUAUGGCCGAUUAAAACAAGGCCCUGAUGUGCUCAGUUGAAAGUACACGGUUUCUCGAUAUACUUCUACAAGGCCAAUUUUCUUUCGGUUUCCAUAACCCUGACCCCAAAGGCCACCCCUCCAACCUUAUAUAGCCUUGUUGUAAUUUUUUAAUUCCCAGUCCUUCGCUUCCCGUGUGUAAUUUUUUUUCCCCUCCCUUCUUUCCCUCUAUGUAGUUACACCUAGGGAAUCUGUAGGUGAAAACAUGGCAGUUGAUUUCUUUUUGGGUUACUGACUGUAUGCGAAAAAGAUGGGGGGUUUUGGAGAGGGUGGGAGGAGGAAGAAGGGAUAUGAAAGCAUUUUGUUAAAUACGUAUGUUCUGAACUUGGACUGACGGAAUGUAGUUCUAGUGCUGUGUACAUAUGUUUAUGAAAUGAUCAUGCCGUGCUGAUUAUCAAGCUUGUAACCACUUUGCUUUGUGUUUUAAUUGCUUUCAUUUUUUUUCAGACUUGUAAGAACUCAUCU